AUGAUUGAUAUUGGACAAUCUAGUGGUGGCGGCGCUGAGGACAUCCAACAACAACCAUCAUCAAUUGCUUUUAUUAGUUUUCUUCUGUUAAUGGGAGUAACGUUAUUUUUUGUGGGUGGCGUAACGCCAAUAAGUGAUGAUAGUAGUAGUAGUAAGGAUAAUGGCAUGAGUAAAUUUCCAUUAACUGUGGACAUCCAACAACAACCAUCAUCACUCCAUUAUCAACGUUUAAAUGAUACUCAUACUGGUACACCUCCAUCAUACGCCGUCGUCGCAUUACCACCCCCAUAUCCCGGUAUUUAA